CAAGACUACGAGGUGGCGGCUUGAGUGGCGCUGUCUGUUCCUGCAGCACCCUGCUGCCAGGCUCCAGCCUCCCUCACUCUCUCCAUCCCUCCCUCUCUUCCUCCCUCCCUCAUCAGCACCACGGUCGCUGUCCGAUCUGCUCCUCUGCCCUGCCGCAGCUAGCCUGUCCGCUCCGGCUCCGCUGCUCCUAUUGCACACAAUACACGAAUUUACAGCAAAGCAGCACGCAUAUCGGCUUCAUCUCGGACUCGAGGACAAUUUGCUUUAAGGAUGGUAAAGCUGGGAAGUAAUUUGCAGGACAAAGACAGCAAGCCAACUGGUGCGGAGGAUGGUUUUAAAAACGUGCCUCUCAUCACACCUCUAGACGUCAACCAUCUCCAGUACGCGGCUCCCGACGAAGUAGUGGUGAAGACCCGAACUGAAUAUCAGACUGAGCAGAAGAACAAGGGCAAGAUGAAGGCUCCGAAGGUGGAAGAGUUCACCAUCAGCUUCAACGAAGGCGUGUCAGAAAGACUCAAGGUCACGGUCCUCAUCUUCCUGGCGCUGGCCUUCCUGGCCUGCAUCGUCUUCCUGGUGGUAUAUAAGGCCUUCACCUAUGACCACAGCUGUCCAGAUGGCUUUAUCUACAAGCACAAGCGCUGCAUCCCCGCAUCGCUGGAAGCCUACUAUGCCAGCCAGGACAGCAGCUCCAGGGCACGAUUUUACACGGUCAUCAGCCACUACAGCAUGGCCAAGCAGAGCACAUCCCGUUCGGUGUCACCAUGGCAACCGGCAGGCCCCGCCCAGCACGGACCCGAGGACCACUGAGCGCCCCCCGGAGGCCAUCUUUUUAAAGGAGAACGAAAAGAUAUAUGAGGUGUCUCAGCCCAUAAAUCCUGACAGGAAACUGUGGGCCAGUCUGUGUUCCUCACACCUUGUCCAUCCCCCCCCCCCAUAUCUCUCUCUCUCGUCAUUGAUGUUUUCUAUUCCGUACUGAGCAACAAUGUCUUUGUAAAUAGGCAUGAUGUUAUGACCCCAAACAUCUUAUUCAUUUCUUUCAAUCGUCUGUCUGCCAUAUCUGAGAUGUGGUGUUUCCUACCGAUUAAUGGCAUGCACUCCUGGCACGCUCUUUUCAUUAUGCAGUUGUGCGUAGUCUUUAAUUGCUGUGAAUGCCUGUUUAUUUGAAAGAUAAGAACCCACACUGAGACCCUGUUACAUUUCCGUAAAUUAGCUGUGAAGGUGGUUAUAAUGUACGUUAUUAUAAUACAUUCAUUUUGAACAAUUAUGAUUACAACUUCUGCCAAUAACUCAGUAAGUACUUCUCUUUUGGCCCAAACUGAUAAAAAUUCUGGAAAAGGAUUUUCCUUGAAGUACAUUUAUUUAUGCAAUUAAUAGCAAGUCAUCAUUUCAUGUAUGGCCACAUAAUUCAGUUUUAAUUCCUGUACACAGGGGCGCCGCUAGAGAUUUUGGGCCCCAUGAAAGCAUAUCAUAUUAGGCCCCCCAGUCCAAACCAAUCCAGUUAUUUUCCUAAUUUUUUAGGGCCCCUGUCACUCAGGGGCCCUUGGAAUCGUCCUAGCUUUCCUCCCCCUUACGGCGCCCCUGCCUGUACAAUUCAACAUUUUGGAGAUAAAAUGGAAUGUUGUGCAAGGACACAAUAUUAUGUGUUUUAUACAGUUCAUAGUAACUAUUAUACAACACAGUUUAUACAUAAAAUAUUUCACAAGAAUGGAUGUUCCUAAUAGUUUAUCGUGUAAAAUCAAACAGCGAUGACAGUCCUCUAUAUGUCCUUUGAGUUGCUGACAGAUUGUGAUGCUUGUUCCCUUGGAGCCAGUUCUCAGAAUCGCGAGUGUCUUUGAACUCCCACUCAGAAAAAUGGGAUGUUUCUACUUCUACUUUCAGCGGCCUUCAAAGGCAAAGCUCUUACUUAGUCUGACUUUUUAAUAAAAAAGAAAUAAACCUGUUGCAAUUGCAUUUUGUUUCAAUCCAAAAUAAAUCGGAACUUUGCUUCUUGCCAUCAACGUCUGUUACAAAGAGGCAAAAAAGAGUUUGUAGUUUAGAUGAAUAUCAAAGUGUGGUGUACUUUCAUUGUAUUUCGUUUAUUUCUCGGACAAAUAAACAGAACAUGCUGUGUCCAACAUCA